AUGGGUGGUCAUGAAGAGGUACACGCAGUGCGCCAGUCAAUCAGGCGCACAUCAAUGCCACAAGCAAAUCCAAAGGCAAGCAAGAAAACAUGUGGAUACUGUGGGCAACAACGUGUGAAAGGAAAAUGCCCAGCUUAUGGCCACGAAUGCACAGCAUGUGGAAAGAAGAAUCACUAUGCUGGGGUGUGUCGAAGCACGGAAAGGACCACAGUCAACUGGACUGAGCAGGAGAGUGAUGGGGAAUCAGAACACCUGAUGACCCUAACACUAACGGAAGAGAUUAAUGCAGUGCAGAACUCAGUUUUCCCAAGACAGCUGUUUGCAUACAUAGAAGUGGAAGGCCAACGAGUGCGGUUCCAACUGGAUUUGGGGGCAUCAUGCAAUGUUAUUCGACGACAAGAUUUGGUACCCACAGUGGUCCUUGAGAAGACAAACCAAAUGCUGUGCCUCUACAACCGGAGUCAACUAAGACCAUUGGGCAAGUGUUUGGUCAAUAUGAACAACCCAAAAACAGGUAGAAAAUACAAAGCCAACUUUGUUGUUGUGGACGAUGCCUCCACAUCACUUUUGGGAGCUAGGUCGAUACAACAGAUAGAUCUGGUGAGGAUACAGCACGAGAACAUUAUGGCGGCAACCCUUCAAGCUCGGUGUCAGGACAACGUUGACAGUACAAAUACUCACAUGACUGGUCAGAACGUUAGUGAAAAGCCGGUUCAAGUACCUGAUCUCCUACAGACGUAUAAAGACGUGUUUGAUGGCUCUUUGGGAUGUCUGGGGAAACCACUUCAUUACAACAUUGAGGAAUCAGUAACUCCGGUGCAAAUACCCACGCGAAAGGUUCCCAUUGCACUUAGGCAACAUUUGGAAGCGAAACUGAAGGGCCUGGCGAGUUUGGGAGUGCUAGAGCCGGUUGAGGGACCUACAGACUGGAUAUCCAGUCUAGUCGUGGUGCGCAAGCCCAACGGCACCCUGCGCAUCUGCCUGUAUCCUAAGCCCCUCAACAGGGCACUCAAACGUAGCCAUUAUCCUAUGCCAACGAUAGAGGAUCUGAUACCCCAGCUCUCCAAGGCUAAGAUCAUGAGUCAAGUCUUCUCACAACCUUUGGAACGCCAUUUGGUACGUUCCGAUGGAAAAGAAUGCCCUUCGGCAUCAGCCCAGCGCCGGAACGUUUCCAACGCCGCCUCCAAUCAGCCAUUCGAUGACCUACCAGGAGUAUACACGAUUGCGGAUGACGUGCUGAUAGUGGGUGAAGGCGAUACCCACGAGACAGCGUGCCAGGAUCAUGACAAGAAAUUGGCCAGUUUUUUGGAUCGAUGUCGAGUGCGCGGCAUCAGGCUCAAUCGAAACAAAAUCAAGUUACGACUUGCUGAGGUCAAAUACAUGGGUCAUAUCCUUACUCUCAACGGGUUAAAGGCUGAUCCGGACAAAUUGAAAGCUAUACUGAAAAUGAAGAACCCCACUGAUGUGGCUGGAGUGCAGCGUUUAAUUGACAUGAUGGAUGUCACCCUCCAGUGCGACGCGUCAGAGAAGGGUCUGGGUGCUUCUCUUAUGCAACAAGGACAACCGGUUGCCUAUGCUUCGCGCGUGCUAACAGACACCGAAACACGCUAUGCGCAAAUAGAGAAAGAACUGCUGGCCAUCGUAUUCGGAGUCACAAAAUUCCACCACUACGCGUAUGGCCGCCGUGUGACGAUUGAGAGUGACCACAAACCCUUGGAAGUGAUUGUACAAAGCCGAUCCAUUCUGCGCCGAAGCGUCUUCAAAGGAUGCUGGGUCAAAGCAAUCAUUUCCCCCUCCACAAACGGGUGUGAAUCCAUCAAUCGGUUGCAGUCAGUUUUCGAGCGGAAGCUUGAAUUUGUAAACCUCUCCCAGCAUCUACCAAUCUCCGAAGCCAGACAAGGAGAAAUUCAGGUGGCUACAGAACAAGAUGAAUGUCUGCAAGACGUCAAGCAGCUCGUUAUGCGAGGAUGGCCACAAAGCAAGACGCAGGUACCGCGGACAGUGGCACCUUAUUUUCCUUGGCGCGACGGGAUCGGAGUACAAAACGGCGUACUAUUUCGCGGAGAGCGAAUUAUAGUCCCUGGUGCGAUUCGUCAGAAAAUUAUGACCGCCCUUCAUUCUUCUCACAUCGGCAUUAAUGGUAGCCUACGACGAGCACGCGAGCUGUUCGACUGGCCCGGGAUGAAUGACCAAGUAAAGACGUUCAUUCAGCGAUGUGCUACAUGUCGUGAAGUAGAUCCAGCUCAGCCGAAACUGACUCUCAUCCCGCAUACCGUUCCAUCUCGACCAUGGGCGAAAGUAGCCGUCGAUCUCUUCGUCGUUGACAGGUAUGACUAUAUGGUCACGGUUGACUACAUGAGCAAUUUUUGGGAAGUAGACAGGUUGGACAGCCUCACUUCUCAAAGCAUCAUCCAGAAACUGAAACCGCAUUUUUGCACGGCAUGGCAUACCGGAUACAGUAAUGUCGGACAAUGGGCCCCAGUUUGUUUCAGGAGAGUUUAG